AAAAGUCGUCGCCCCGACGGGCGGCAUCCAGCGUUGCAUAGCGACUGGUGAGCUAAAAGCAACGAUGGAAGCCGCCGGCGCCGGCGGCAGGCGCGGCACGGUGAAGCAGCUCAACGUGGGCGGCAAGCUCUUCGCGCUGGAUGCAAGCUCCCUCCCCCUCUCCCUCUCUCUCGAGCCCUCCCCAAUCUUCGUGGACCGCGACCCUGCCCUGCUGUCCGCGAUCCUCUCCGCCAUCCACGCCCCCUCCGCCGCCCCCGCCUUCCCGGCGGCCGUCCUCCUCGACGAGGCCCACUUCUACGGCCUCCACGACCAGCUCCUCGCUGCGCUCUACCCUCCGCCGCUCCUCGGCUUCUCCGCCUCCCUCGCCUCCACGCUCUCCCCCGCAUCCGAGCCCUUCCCCACCGCGCUUGCCCCGCGCGACGAUGGCUCACUGUGCCUCGCCCAUGGCGCUGGCCUGGUUACCUGCUACUCCCCUGCGCUGGACCACCUUACCACCUUCCGGACCCAUCUCCACCGCAUCACCUCCCUCCGACAGCUGCCUCCUGGUCUCGCCGUUGCCGGGUCCAGCUUCGCCCCCGGGCUCCAUGUGUACGACGUCCUCGAAGGCCGGCAUGUCGCCUCCGUCCAAUGGUCAGACCCAACCGAUCUCCGCGUUCAAAAGGCCAAGGUGAUUGCCAUUGCUGCCCGUCCUGCUGCUGAUGCCGCUGAUAAGAAUUCGCCGAUCUUAGCCACCUUCGAGUGCCCGCACCGGGAGAAUUGCAUCCUGAUGUUUGACCCUGUAACACUAAAGCCGAUUCAAGAGAUUGGCCGGCAAACUGGCAGUGCAGCUAAGUCGUCGGUGCCAGGCCGAGUAGUGCACCUGCAGGAGCUUGGGCUGGUAUUUGCGGCAUCUGUGAGCUCAGGGGCAUUUGGUUACUCUGGGUACAUGAGACUGUUUGACAUUCGUUCUGGGGAUGUGGUGUGGGAGACAAGUGAGCCAGGGGGAGCUGGAAGAAGCAGCCGGUUUGGAGAUCCAUUUGCAGAGGCAGAUGUGGAUGUUAAGCAACAGAUACUAUACAAGGUGUGCUCAAAGUCAGGAGAUAUUGGAGCUGCUGACCUGAGAUGCCUUGGUAACGACCCUUGGGUUUAUAUGUCGUCAGGACCUAGAGGGAGCGGAGGGGGUCAUGGCAGUGUUCUGCAUUGCUACAAGUCUCAGGUGUUUGUUAGUCGGAAGGACGGAUUGGAGGUUUGGUCUCGCCUGGAAGAACAGAGCAAUGGCACAAGCAACUUGGCAGAGCAACCGAGAGCAAAGGAAAAACUCAACAACGAGGGAAUAAAUGAGAACUGUUUUAGGAGUAGCUAUGUGGAUACAGAAGAAGAUGCUGAGCGUGGUAUGAUACACAUCAUGGAAGGGGGUGGAAACCGCUUAUUUGUGACCAGAGAAGAAAUGCAAGAUGUGGAGGUGUGGGAGACCUCCCAACUAUCUGGUGCUAUCUCUUUGCUUGUAUGAACAUGAUUGAACUAAGGCAAUUCAGGAGGUUCUGUUAAAAGUGAGUCUGCAUUUUCUACC